CUAACUUAGGGCCCAAUCUCAUAUAUAUUACUGUAUGUUCUUCUGAUUUCAUGGCCCUUGGGUGGGUGCUAUUGGUUUAAAUACAUGUUUGUUCUCUGCACAGACGUGUAAGCUUUAGUUUAAAUGUAUGUUGUUGUUUUAUUCUCUACACAGAUGGAUAUAUUUGAGGCGGCCGAGCGGUAUCAGAGAGAUGGAGUCCCCCUCGUCAUUUUGGCCGGAAAACACUAUGGCUCCGGGAGCUCUAGAGACUGGGUUGCCAAAGGACCCUAUCUCAUGGGCGUUCGAGCUGUGAUUGCAGAGAGCUUUGAGAAGUUGCACCGCAGACAGCUGCUGGGGGCGGGCAUCGCUCCUCUACAGUUUGAGUCUGGAGAAAAUGCAGACGUCCUGGAGCUCAGUGGGAAAGAGGCGUUCAACAUCGAGCUCCCAGAAAACCUCCAACCGAACCAACUGCUCACCGUCAAGACAAGUGAAGGGAAGAGUUUUCACGUCACGGCGCUCUUCGACAAUGACACAGACAUAAUCUGCUUCAAACACGGAGGCCUCCUCAGAUUUGUGGCUCGGACGUUUCUCUAAAAAAAAAAAAACUCAAAAACUCAAUGUGUGUGGAUCAUCAUCAACCGUUAUUUACCGUUCAAAUCUGGAAGAAAAAUGUCCGUCCUCAUCAAAAAGAAGACUGCAUGACUAUUUACCUGGAGAAGAAGACAUUUCCUGACACGUUUCCAUAACAUCUCACAACUGGCUUAAAAAACAACUACUUUGAUUUACUUAAAGAACACAUAUUAUGCAUUCAUGUGGCUUUAAUUCCCUUUUAAACAUGCUUUUACUGACCUUAAGAUAAGUAUUUCACACUUUCUAACUUAAAGAGCUGGUAUAAUGCAAAAUCGACUUUUUGGAAUUUUCUAACAUGUUAUAAUGUCCUCAUCAAAAACAUGCCUGAAGAGGUUUUGAAUGCCAUCCAUGCAUGUUUGAAUAAUCUAGCAAUCUCUCCUGAGCACUAUUUGAACUCUCCUUACGGUUAGUAGUAAGAUCCUGUACAAUGCUUUGCCCACAAGCCUACAUCACCCAUGCUCCCACGCGACAAUGUUUCAUAAAUCUACAAUGGCAUGAUAUAAAACAAUACACUACAACUUCACAAACCUGAUUGUUUUGUGAUAGCACUUUAAAGGGGUCUUGUUGUGAGCACAAUUUGACCGUAGAAUGAGUUGGUUCAUGGACUUAAAAACACAGGAGAAGUCCAGAGUUCUGUCUAUGACACAACAAAAUGGGAAAAAUGCAAACUUGAGCACUCUGGAUUAAUAUAUAACUCCAGGUAUGUUUCUGAUGAGGGAACAACAGUAUAUCAUGGUCAGUUUUGCAUAAUAUGUGUUGUUUAAAGAUUUUGAGCAAGAUUGUCAGUUUGUUUUGCUUGUAUGGGUGAAGAUAAGGACCUAUCAAGAAUUACAAUCCUGCCUCAAAAUGCCACAUUGGUGCUCCCAAAAACUCAUAGCUAACCGUCACGUUCAAGUAAAUGUAUGUAUCAGUUUCUAAUAGGGAUGCACCGAUCCAAUAUUGUCGCCGAUACUGGGAGAAUUUGCAGGAUAUCGGCCGAUAUCCUGAUUGAACACAGAAAUCGAUGUAAUAGUUUUUAUUAUUUCCAACAACUGAUUUGUAGUUACAUGAGAGAUAAAUAAGACUACAUGGAACAUUUUGAUCAGUUCUGUCUUAUUUUAUUUUAGUUUUAAGGCUCUGCACUGGUAUCGGCUAUAAAAAAGCUUGGAAACAGUAUCAGGAUGGAAAAAGCUGGAUCGGUGCAUCCCUAAUUUCUAUUACUUAAUUUUGAUGUGAGAAGAGAAAAUAUUAUAAGUGGUGGCCUUACUGUAAUAAAUUUAGUAUGUCCCAAUAGAAAGCUAUUUUGGUUUUUUGUCAAAAUGAACUGUUUGAACAUCACCAAAAUGAAAUGAUUAGGGCUCACGCAUUUGAAAUAAUCUAAUAAAUAUACAGAUGGUAGCUUUAAGAGUGCAUUGCGUAACUUUUCUGGUGGAAGCUUCUCUCCAUGGAUACAUUAUGGCUUCGUUUAUAAUAGUGUUCCACAGUCAAACACAGAACUUAUCAAUCUUGCCUCCUGUCCAUGGUGAUAGAUUAGAUGAAUGCCAUACUGCGGAACGUUCCGGACAAAGCAAUAACAUCUCCAUGAAGACGACAAGGUGGAAAACCCUCUACCAGAAAAGUUACCUAGUGCACACUAUGAAUUUGAGCACUUUUAAGGUUUUCCCUUAAAUAUUCAAAAUCAUGUAUCUAGGAGUUCUUGGUGCUCUUAGCCACUUUAUAACUCCACAAAUUUCAUUUCAACUCUCCAUCCUGCGUCUUCGAUCAGAAUGCAUGACAAUGUUCGGACCGAUAACGCAAAGCUAAAAACUCAAUAUCGAAACCAUGCACUGCCUAAGGAUUUAUUGCAAUUUUUUGGGACAAUGUAGGUAAUUUAAAAGUGUGUCUAUAUGCCAAAACUGCCAAAGGAGCUGACAAGACAUUAGAAUGAAAUGUUGUAUCUAAAUUAGGUUAAAAAGCACUUGAAUUCAUAAUUUUAUAAUGUGUGUUUUUUUAUUUUUUGGUUUAGUAAUGGACAAAUAUCGGUAUUAAUAUUAAUUGAUAUUGGUAACAUUAGUUCAUAUAUUGGUUUUGGACUAAUUCAGUAUAUACGUUUUUUUAUAGAUUAUCAAUUAAUUUUGCUUAAGUGUCAAUUUGUGUGUCUUGCCAUGUAUUUUAAAAUCCCUAUAUUACACAAAAUUGAUUAUCUAUCGCCAAGGAGGUGACUCCACACAAGACCAAAUUAUAUAUAAUUAUAAAUCUGUGGAGAGGUGACCCUGCUCACAGUAGUUUUUCAAGGCAUUUUUGAGCAAUUAAAACAUCUGUAAUUGGAAAAAGCACAAGAUGAAAAGGUUUAAUGCCAAACUGUGGAACAUUCCAAGCAAAACAAGAACAUCACUAUGGAGAUAACCAGAUAAAAAGGUUACAUAAUGCAGCAUUUAUCAUAAGAAACCAGUUCUAAGAAUACUGAAACACCAAAAAAUCCUAUAUUCUACUUAAAACUACUCCCAUUUAGUUACUCUGAAUUCAAGUCUUUUUAACUCUCUUUAGAUACUGUGUUUUUGCAGUGUACAAGGAGCAUUUUUAGCGCAUCGUUUUGGUUUCCUGUUGUUUUGUUAUCUGUUUAUGGCCUUGUCUGUUUAGUUUAGUGAAAAUGACGGAUGAAAAUGCUGGAUCUGUGUAUAAAGUGUCACUGUGGGUUGUGAGUUGCAGCUGCUGUCGCUCGUGUUAGAUCUGUGUAGAAAUGACGUAUGCAAAAGUGUCUGUUUCCCUCUGAAUCUCUCUGUGUAAAUAGUUUUUAAUAAAUGAUAAAUAAGAUGAAAUUA